CUCAUGGUCGCUCUCUCUUGCCGCUACUUUUGGAGGCUGAGAGCUAGCAAAGCAAAACCGAACCAAAUCAAACCGUACUAACCCUACAUCGUCACGUCGCCCUUAUCAAAGAUUUAAACAACCUAGAUUUUAACCACCACCUUCUAAAAUUCCACACUCAACAACGCAAUGCCGCGAGGUCGGACCUUUGCUACCAUAAUACUCACCAUCUCUCUCCUGAUCCUCGCGGUCACGGCCAACUUGAGAGAUCACAUUCUUCAUGUCAACCAUGUUGAUGGAACAAACGCCAAUGCUAAUCCCAAUGAUAGAUCACAGGAAAUAGCCAAUGCCGCCAACCACAUUGGCAAGGCUGUCAACGACGUUGCCAACACCGCGAAUAGCCUUCUCAAUAACCUGGCCACCGCGUUGAAACCAAACACGGACAACUUCACCGAGUACCCUCGACCGGCGCUGGUCCAAGAGUUCCUCCUGGCCCAUAACGAGAUCCGAAGAGAGGAGAAGAUGAAGCCGUUGGUGUGGAACGACACGAUGGCCCAGUUGGCGGAGGACUGGGCCAUGAAGCAGGAUCAUCACGACUGUCAAAUGCAGCAUUCAUCGUAUCAAGGUAUGGGGGAGAACUUGUUCUGGGCUCACAAAGCGCAUUGGCUGCCGAGGGAGGCAGUGCAAGACUGGGGACAUGAGAAGGUGUACUACAACAAAGAAAAGCGCGAGUGCGAACCAGAUAAACCAUGCGAACAUUACACGCAGAUUAUAUGGAAAGACACUGAACAAGUAGGAUGCGCCCGACACAAAUGCUCCAAUGGAAAUUUGCUAGUUGUUUGUGAAUAUUAUCCUCCUGGAAAUUGGGUCGGUAUGGACCCCUUUAACCCAAUCCCUUUAUCUGAAUUAGCUCAUCAUAACCUGUCGAGGACGGCGCCAUCACCACCAGCAUCUUCGCCUUCUCCGCCGCCACCACCAUCAUCGCCUAAUAGUGAGGCGUCAAAUUCAGGCGGCAAACAUUUGAUGAAACGAAAGGGUAAUAAAGGUGGGGGUCAUCAUGUGCCAAGUGGACAAAAUGGACAAGGUCAAGGUCAAAAGGGUAAUCAAGCCCAAACUAAUCACAGACAAGGUCAAAAGGGAAAUCAAGGCCCAAUUAACCACGGACAAGGAAAUCAAGGCACAAGUAACCACGAACAAGGUCAAAAGGAAAAUCAAGGCCCAAGUAACUACGGAGAAAGUCAAAAGGGUAAUCAAGACUCAAGUAAUCACGGACAAGGUCAAAAGGGUAAUCAAGACUCAAGUAAUCACGGACAAGGUCAAAAGGAAAAUCAAGGCCCAAGUAACUACGGAGAAGGUCAAAAGGGAAAUCAAAGCUCAAGUAAUCACGGACAAGGUCAAAAGGAAAAUCAAGGCCCAAGUAACUACGAAGAAGGUCAAAAGGGAAAUCAAAGCUCAAGUAAUCACGGACAAGGUCAAAAGGGUAAUCAAGACUCAAGUAAUCACGGACAAGGUCAGAAGGAAAAUCAAGGCCCAAGUAACUACGGACAAGGUCAAAAGGGAAAUCAAAGCUUAAGUAAUCACGGACAAGGUCAAAAGGGUAAUCAAGACUCAAGUAAUCACGGACAAGGUCAAAAGGGUAAUCAAAUCUCAAGUAAUCACAGACAAGGUCAAAAGGGAAAUCAAAGCUCAAGUAAUCACGGACAAGGUCAAAAGGGAAAUCAAAGCUCAAGUAAUCAUAGACAAGGUCAAAAGGGUAAUCAAGACUCAAGUAAUCACGGACAAGGUCAAAAGGGUAAUCAAGACUCAAGUAAUCACAGACAAGGUCAAAAGGGUAAUCAAGACUCAAGUAAUCAUGGACAAGGUCAAAAGGAAAAUCAAAGUAACUACAGACAAGGUAAAAAGGGAAAUCAAAGCUCAAGUAAUCACGGACAAGGUCAAAAGGGUAAUCAAGACUCAAGUAAUCACGGCCAAGGUCAAAAGGAAAAGCAAGGCCCAAGUAACUACGGACAAAAUCAAAAGGGCAAUCAAGACUCAAGUAAUCACGGACAAGGUCAAAAUGGUAAUCAAGGCCCAAAUAAUCACAGACACAAUCAAGGGUCUCAUGGUGGCGGUGGCGGUCACCAUCGUCAACACUAGGGUUAGCCUAAACACCCGACCGUCACCACCUCCACUCCGAUCAUCUCAACCUUCAUGUUCUAGCUGUUGGCGUGGCAUGCCUUUUCAUACGAGCAUCUAAGACGCUUAUUUUAUGGAGCGAUUUUGGCAUUCCUCUUUGGCCAUUUGGAGUCAAAGAUGAAUAUUUUGAAAUUGUAUCUGAAAUCGUAGGAGGAGUGGAGUGCAGGCUAAACGAAGAGUGUUUAACUUACCUAUCCUACUUUAUUA